AUGCGUGCCGGGACUCAGACACUCAUCCAAGCACUACAAGCACUUCCAUGGGUAGACGAUCCCGACAAUGACGACGAUCCGGGGUCUUCCACGGCACCGAAUAUCGACUCUGACGACGGCUCUAAGGGACAUGUAGCGUCGUCUAUCCAUGCCAUCUAUCGUCCGGUGGCGUGGUCGAGACAUAUAGGAUCUUCCCUCCCUGAUCUCUCAGCGAAACAACGAUCUGUUUUGGCAGAUGUGUCUGGAGAAACUGAUUUAGAUCCGGAGCUGAGCAUGGCUUUCGAAGACGACGUCGAUGCCGACGACUUCGAAGCGACGACUCCGCGGCCGGACGACAUUCGGAAACCUGAGGCGUCGCCACUUGUUAUGGCUGCAGAGCUGAGUACGUCCCUAAAACGGCGGGCAGCCAGUCGUACUGGUAGUAUGGCGACUGUGAAAGUCAGUCGCAGAGCUCGCUUGGCGGAGAAGCUCAGGGAGAUCUUUGAUAUUGAUGUUUUCCAUGAAGUCUGGGCUGCCAAUUCUCAUUAUGCCUCAGAGAUGCCGUGUUGGUUGCUGCGCUCCGUCUUAUUACAGGGAUAUAUGUAUCUCACUAAUUCGCACAUAUGCUUUUUUGCCCACAUGCCAAGUAGAGAGGACCAAAUUUUGAAAUCUGGAAGUCUCAGCAAGAAAGCCACCCGGACGAAGCGGUGGAUUAAAUAUUGGUUUGUUCUCAAGAAUGAUGCGCUGUCUUGGUACCAGUCCUCAUCGGAUCCUUACUUUCUGAACGGGAUUGUCGAUUUGCGAUAUGUCAUGGCUUGUGAACCAGUAGGUGAGAAGGAGAUACGGCUUCGGACAAAUCAGAAGAAUGUGCUGUUAUCUGCGGACUCGGUUCCGAGCAGGGAUGAAUGGGUCAAAGCAAUCCGCAAGGUGAUGUUUAAGGCGCAGAAUAUGGGAGACACCAUUGCUAUACCUUAUUCAGUCAUUCUCGAUGUAGAGAAAUCCACAGCUAUGGAUUUCAGCGAGACGAUCGAAGUCAAAGUUAUGGACAAGGUCGACUCCCCGGAUUCCUAUUUUUUCGCAUAUUUCCAUGACAUACAAGCUGCUUUGGACCACAUUCGCGAUGCUGUGCGCGCCCACCGUGCACUGGCCCCCACGUCUCCCCAGUCUGUAUUAGACACAACCGUCAAGCCAUCCACAGGUGUAGCUCCCGGAAUCGAUCGCGCUCGCAGCUUGCCUACGUCCGAUGCUAAAGGUGCUGUUCCGUCUCGACUAUCGUUACUCUUUCGACCGUUUCAAGAUUCCCUUCCUCUUCCGAUUGCUCGUAUGUCCAGUUCACCCGAACCGCCAAACGGCGCUGAGGAGUACACGCACAUAUCCAAACGCGGCACAUUCGUCCCAAUCACAGCGUCACCUCAGUCUUACUCUGCUAAUGAAUUAGCUUCGCCCACAACGUAUAAUUCCACGCCUGCAAUACCCUCGAGUACUCCAGCACUCGUCCGAGACCACACAUACCCACCGACGACACCUUCGAUUGAAUCUAAUACUUCAUCUCCCAUCAGGAUCCUGCCAUCGGGUGUUCCUUGGAAUAUGAGCGUGCCUUCUUGGCUGCGAAGCGCCCGUAAGGCCGCGGGCAGCUCUGUUUCUACCACUGGAAUCGGUCCAACGCCUACAUCGUCCCAAAGUCUUGGAAGUGUGCGGGAGGUUUAUUCAGCACCUCGGCGGUCGUCCUCCGAUCAACCCCUUGGUACAGCUGCUGAGCUCGGAUACAGUGUAUUGGAGACAGCUGAAGCUGUAGUCGACCCGGAGACAACCGAGAAAUUCAGAGCUGCAUUUGCCUUUGAUGACAGGGAGGUUUUACUUGGUCACUUUUCAGGUUACCUAUUUCGAGUUCUACCUCUUUACGGGCGUUUAUAUGUGUCGUCAAAUUACUUUUGUUUUAAAUCCAGUGGACCACUAACUCCGAAAACAAAGGCAAGGUCCAUGUGUACCAUGAUAUUACCCAUUCGAGAUAUCCUGAAUGUGGAGAAGUCGAGGGCUACUAGGUUUGGCCACUACGGCCUUACCGUUGUUAUCAAAGGCCACGAAGAAUUGUUUUUCGAAUUUGGCGUUGAGGACCGACGGACCGCCUUCGUUUCUAUCCUAGAGCGUCAAAUGGAGGACCUGAGGAAACGUCCCAGUGGCGGUGAGAUCCCGAAACUGAGCCAAGGCCAGCGCGAUGCUCUGAUCUUGGAAGAGUUCGAACCCCGGAACUCAGCGUCUAGCGAUACUGAUCCUGCUCCUCCAUCAGAGGCCUUGUCAGAAUCCUUGCCUGCCGUCAUGUUUACGUCCGCCUCGUCUACGUUCUUGACAUUCAAGCCCAAGGAGUCGUUGCAUUUCACCUUCCUUACUGUUGGCACAAGAGGAGAUGUCCAGCCCUAUAUCGCCCUUGCGAAGGGCCUGAUAGCAGACGGUCAUCGCUGUAGAAUUGCUACUCACGGAGAGUUUCAAGCGUGGAUUGAGUCUCACGGCAUUGAAUUUGGUUAUGUUGGUGGAGACCCCGCAGAGCUCAUGCGGAUCUGUGUGGAAAAUGGCACUUUUACCGUUUCCUUUUUGAAGGAAGGACUUCUAAAGUUUCGUGGAUGGUUGGAUGACUUACUCAAAACGUCCUGGGAAGCCUGUCAAGGCACUGAUGUUCUCGUUGAGAGCCCAAGCGCAAUGGGGGGUUAUCACAUCGCAGAAGCUUUGAGGAUCCCAUAUUUCCGAGCUUUCACUAUGACGUGGACGCGGACAAGAGCCUACCCUCAUGCCUUCGCUGUUCCUGACCACAAGAUGGGCGGUGGCUAUAACUACAUGUCUUAUGUGAUGUUUGAUCAAGUGUUCUGGCGUGCAAUCUCCGGUCAAAUUAACCGUUGGCGUCGCAAUUUACUGCACCUGGAGAAUACGAGUCUUGAUCGCAUGGAACCCCACAAGAUUCCUUUCUUGUACAACUUUAGUCCGACGAUUGUGCCUCAGCCCCUUGACUGGCCGGAAUGGAUUCGUGUCACAGGCAAGCCGGCUGGUUAUUGGUUCCUGGAUGAUGCUGAGGUAGGGGCUAAGAAGUGGACGCCCCCUCAGGAUCUUAUCUCUUUCAUUGAUGACGCCCACCAAGCUGGGAAGAAAGUGGUAUAUAUCGGCUUCGGAAGUAUCGUGGUAUCUGAUCCGAGAGGGAUGACCCGCUGUAUCAUCGAGGCCAUUGUCGAGAGUGGUGUUUAUGCCAUUCUUUCCAAAGGAUGGUCGGACAGGCUACAUACCAAGACAUCGGAAGCUUGUGAACCGGAAGAACCACUUCCAAAGCAGAUAUACGCCAUCUCAUCUAUACCUCACGACUGGCUGUUCCGACGCAUCGACGCUGCGUGCCAUCAUGGUGGUGCUGGCACAACUGGGGCUAGUCUUCGUGCCGGAAUACCGACUAUCAUCAAGCCAUUCUUUGGAGAUCAGUUUUUCUGGGCUGACCGUGUUGAAGCGUUGGGGAUUGGAGCCAGCGUUCGUAAGCUUACCGUCGAAAAUCUAAAGGAUGCCCUUGUGGUUGCUACAACGGACCAGAAGCAAAUUGACCGAGCAAAGCUCGUUGGGGAACAAAUUCGCUCGGAAAAUGGGGUUGCGACUGCUAUUGAGGCCAUCUACCGCGAUCUCGACUAUGCGCGUUCCUUAAUCAAGCGGCCACCAAACGCCGUUGAAGAAGCUGAAGAGUCUCCUACGCCUGAGGGCGCUGGGUCUCGAUCGAGAUACGACUCAGGUGGCUCUCAGCGUGGAAGUGAAGACUGGAGCAUGGUUUCAGACCCAGAUGAAAGUCGAUCGUCGUUUGGCUCUCGACGGAGUGACCCCACGUCGCUAAAACGGCACAGUCUAGCAGCAGCGGUGAUGUCCGUUCUUCCUGGUGCCCUUGCGUCCUCAGAUCAUCGACGCUCCAAUUCUACAUCGUCUCGUCAUCCGUAA